GCAUCCUCAACAGACAUUUGUCCAGAGGUGGCUUCAACAGGAACUUCAACUUCUUGAGUGUCAAUAACUUCUUCGUGGUCAGACAUCUAUUAAAGAAAAGAUCGUCAAUACAUGGAUGGAUGGAUGGAUAUUGUAUAUUAGGAUACAUUACGUUCAAAUACUUUAAAGAGGAGGAUCAAAGUAAAUGGGCAAUCUACGAAUCUCUUUUAUGGAAAAUCUCCUCCCACUCCCAAGGCAUCGGACCAAGCAUGACAAAAAGCCACACGCAUACUCUUUUUUUUUUCAUUCUCAGAAUAGAUGUCAAUUUAUCUUGACGCUCUUCUUAACCACAGUCUUUUUUUUUUGUUGUUGUUUGUUUGAUUUCAACUUUUCCCUAUGAGAGAUAACGAUAACGGCAACGAUAACACUAACACUAAUACUCCUAAUAGAGUAAGAGGCCCUACUUCUGCUUUGAGUAGUUUUCUAAGAGAACAUGGCAUUCGAGUUGUUAAUCAAAGUAGAAGAUCUAGAAGAGAAAAUAGUGGAAAUAAUGAAUCAAACAGAACAGAAUCUGAGGCUUCAACAAAUAUAACUAUUAAUUCUGCUGCGGCAGAAGAAACCGUUUCAGAAACAGGUACUACUACUAUUCGUAGUGCUGCGCAAACAACGUCUGUCUCUUAUAGGGCUACUGCUAGCAGUUCAUCCAAGUCUAAAAAGAACAAAAAGAGAAAAAGAAAGAAUGGCACUGAUGACGACGACGAUGAUGAUGAUUACAUCGGUUCUGAUGAUGAUUUUUCGCCUUCUACUUCAAGGAAAAUACCCACUGGUCGUGCCCGAAUCCUCUUCUGUACUAAGUGUAAUGGUCGAUUUGUCCUCAAAACAAAUGAAAAUGAAACGCUAUGUUCUAACUGUAGAGCAGGUCCUUCAAAAAAGCCUGCGACUAGAAAGAAGAAGACGCCUCCUGCUAUAAAAAAGACUACAUAUCCUAAAGAGCAUUUGCCUUCUCUUCAAGAUAUUUGUAUCUCAAUUGUUGCUAAUUACAUUGAUCAAGUAGAAAGUUUUGGUUUUAUUAGUGAUGAUAAUUUUGAAAAAUUGGCUAAAAUUAUAUCCCGUAAUCGCAAACUAAAUAAUCAAACUGCAAAGCUUUUUAUGGAGCCUUAUAGAAAAUUCUUGAGUUUAUAUGAUUGUACAAACAUGACAGAAGACGGUCUUUAUAUGAUUUCUCAGUUUUGUCCCCGCUUGACUAAAUUACAAUUGAUUUAUUGUGGUCAUAUGACGGACAGAGUACUGAAUGGCUACAAGGAACGACUUCAUCAUUUAAGCUCUUUGGAAGUAUCAGGGGCAUUUCUUGUUACAAAAAAGGCAUGGAUAUCAUUUUUUGAGUGUGUUGGACCUCGCUUAGAGAGUUUUAGCAUUCGUCAUUCAGCACGUUUUACAAAGGAAUGUCUAGAAGCACUCGUUACUUAUUGUCCAAACUUAAAAGAACUUAAAUUAGGACAUCUUUCUCAUCUUGAUUCAGAUUGGUUAACGUUGAUUUCCCAACUAAAAAAUCUCAAAACGUUAGAGUUGGCUUGGACAACGCAUGGUCAUACUUUCAAAACACAGGAUGUUGUAGAUAUGCUAUCGGAAAUUGGUUCUCAAUUAGAGGAACUAACUAUCAGAGGUGGUCAUGAUUUAACUGAUGAUAUACUUUAUGAAGGAUUACUGAAGAACUGUCACCGUCUGAAAAAACUAGGCUUGGAACAAUGUGAAAAAUUGUCAGCCAAAGCUAUGGUGGAGUUUUUAGAUAAUUGGGAAACAAAAGGCUUAAGUCAUCUUAAUAUUUCUCGGUGUAUUUUGUUUGAUGAUGAGGUUAUAAAAGCAGUUAUUCGUCAUUCAGGGGAAACAUUAAAGCAGUUAAAUCUUCACAGUUUAGAAUUAGUGACGGCAACAGGCCUUGAAUCUUUGGCUGGUAGUGAAAGCGAAUCGACAGCUUGCAAAGGGUUGACGCAUCUUAAUUGUGGAUUUGUGCGUUCUAUGGAUGAUUUUGUUUUGCAAAAGUUAAUUAAUUGUUGCAAAUCACUUGAACAUGUUCAAGUUUGGGGAUGUCACUUGGUAAAAUAAUUAACGAUAAUCUAUUCUCAUCAAAUAAACUAAUUUUUAUUUUUUUUUUUUAUAUAAUAGUUGACUGAAAAUGUAGAAGUUCAGAAUAGAAUACGUAUUUUAGGCAGAGAAAUGUCUGUUAUAGUCUAGGUCAAAAAUUAAAAUACAAUAUAUUAUUAUAGUCAAUAAAUAAACAUGUUUAUUUGUCAAACCUAA